UUCUGUGUAACCGGAAGUGGCAGGUCUCCACCGGGGGGCGCUUGAAGCAAAGUGAGCUCGCGCGCUUGAAAAGGCGGGAGGGAGCGUCCGCCAUUUUGUUCGAAGUCCCCUUCGUGUCGGACACUAGACCACUUCGCGCCGGCAGGAAACACAACUUUUUAGGCAUGGAUCACGCUUUUUACGUGGUGCAGUCGCCACCGGAAGAUCCCACGAUAAGCCCAGAUUUCACGUAUAAGAUGUCUGAAGCCGAGCUGGUGAAGUUUGUGAGGUUACGCGCCGCCAACGAUGCUCUCUUCACCGGGAAGAGGAAUACGUCGGUCAUUGCAUGGAGGGCCAUCUUGAAAGAGAUGGGAAUCCAUAGGAAGAUGUCGACCAGUCAGGCGAGAAAGAAGUGGGAAAAUCUCAAAAAGAAAUACAAGGAAAUGAAGAACCCUCCACCAGGCAUCACGGUGAACCCAACCAACUGGCAGUGGUUCUCCCUGAUGGAGGACGCCAUGGAGGGCAGGCUGAACGACAGCGAGGCCUUGGUGUCCACCAUGUCGCUGGGCGAGGACAGCGACUACCGGCCCGACAAACCCAGGAGACGAGGCCGCGACUCGUUCCGCAGCGACGUCGAGCUCCUCGUCGACGGAGAAGACACGGGGCUCUCGGGUGACACGGGACGAGAGCUGGGCAGCGACCGAGACGACAUGGAGCACGAGAGGGCGUUGCUCGAGAGCGACCGGUCGGCUCUAGACAGCGAGAGGAUGGUGCUGGAACGAGAGAAGAUGGUCCUGGACAGGGAGCGAGCCGGGCUGGAGAGGGAGCUCGCCGCGCUGGACCGGGACAGAGCGUCCCUGGAGAGGGAGAAAGCCGCCGUGGAGCGGGACAGAGCCUCCGUGGAGCACGAGCGCGCUCAGCUGGAGAAGAAGAGGGCUGAGAUGGACAGAGAGAGAGCGAGGCUGGAGAGAGACAGAGCGGCACUGGAGAGACAGAGAGCAGGCAUCGGAGGAGACGUAAUCGACAAUCAGGAGGGACCCGAGAAAGCGGCGGAGGAGGAAAUAGAGCUAGCGUCCAUACAGAGGAGACAGAAAUUCCUCGAUUUAUUCGAGAAGCUGAUUGAAAACUUCUGAAAGGUUUCUGAUGGAAGAAUUGGCUUCUUGUUAUCCUGAGUGUAAUUUUUUAUUUUUUUUUGGAAGAUGCUGUAUGAUUUGCCAGGCUUGAAGUUUUUUUUUUUGUCAUUGUUUUUGUUUUUGUUUUUGUUUUUGUGGUAUCCUACUGAUGUGAACGGCAGACGUGUCCGAGACGUGUUCAGGGUCUGAACUAGAGUUCUCCUCAGUUAGGCUGUCAAUGAAAAACGUUAAGCCACCUCUGUUUUGGAGAGGUCAUCCAAACAACUUUUAUUCAAUUGUGGUAUUUUCAUACAAAGCACAUAUGAACCAGGUUUAGCAUCUCUCGCCCUCACACAGUACAAUAGCUCUGAAGUGUUAACUUGAAGGCUCUUGCCCCGUGGACAAAAACAAAUAAUUUGUUCUGAUUUAAUUAUAUACCAAAUAUUGCAGUUCAUGUGGAAAAAAAAAAAUCACGAUUUAUGUUUUUAUAUUACAAUACAGACUUUACAACAAAAAUGUUUAUGUUGAUGCUUCUUUUAUUGCAUUAGAUAAUAAAUUUUACCUUUCAAAAUUCAGUGAGCACCAGCUGUGACUGAUUUUACGCUAGUGUUAAACAGAUUUCAACAACAAUUAUAUGAAUAUUAACAAUAUAUCAUUUAUUAUUAUUUAUUUAAUUUUUUUUUUUACAAAACACAUUUCAUUUGUCUGGGUAUCAUUUCCAGUCCAAAAUACAAAACAAGUAAAAUACAUUAAAGGUUUGAAUUUUCUUUUCUUUUUUUUUUUUCCAGAUCAGGAGUUUGCAUAUGCGCCGUCUAAUUUUUUAUUUUUUAAAUUUUUUUCCCCUUCCAAAAAUUUUCUGAUUAUUUUUUCCAGAUUUCAUGAAUCUGAUUGUUCUUAAAUAUUCACCCACACAUCAUCUUUAAUUUGUCAUAUUUAACAUUUAAACAUGUUAAAUGAUGUGUUUAUAUUGCACAUGUGGGGGGGGGAAAGGAACUUUACUGAGAGGAACAACCAGCUGACGUGUGUGUGUGUGUGUGUGUGUGUGUGUGU